AUGAAGCCCACGAUUGAUCCCGAGAAUGGAUUCGAGUUCGAUUACUUCGAGAAGCUCGAACAGGAAUAUAUGUGCUGCUGCAGAGCGGUGCAUGUAAAACAAGGCUCCCUGAUGAUCGGAGUGGUCUCUUCAGUACUCGUACUCUACUCACUGCUCUCUUUGCUUAUUACUACCACUGUUUUCACAAAGUCCGAGUACGUCCAAUUGGCAGUAUUAAUGUUCGACGUCCUCGCAAUCUCAUGUCUAUUCCACGGAAUCCGAAUCGAAAGCCACAAGUUGCUACUGCCCUACUUGUUGUACAUGGUAAGAAUUAUUCUAUUUCAUCCUUUUUCUCCCUUACUUUUCUGCCUUAUAUUCAAAACUAACUUAUUAAAUUUUCAGUUCAACAUGUCAUCCCUUCUCCUGGCCGCUCUUUGCAUGGGCAUCUACACUUUCUUGUAUCCAAAACAAACCAGUGGCUACCAAAUUUCGAGUGGGCUCUUCGACAACCCGCAACUCGAUUAUCGGGCGGUUCAAGUCGCCGGUUUAUUCGUAAUGAUCUCCUGCUUAAUUGUAAUGGUCCUCGCUUUAUGGUGGAUGUAUGUUGUUUGGAGGUGUUUCAUCUACUUGAAAACCCUGAACAACAAACGAGAUCAUGUGGAGAUGCAUGAGAAAGCGAAGUACAUGCCAAAGACCUACUUUGGCGAUGGCCAGCAUUAA